ACAAAGAAAUUACACGACCAAAUACACAAUACUGAUGAUGCUUCCAUAGAAGUAUUCACAGAUGCUACUAACUAUCUUCGUGCCAGGCUACCGCUCGAACUUUCUACGCCAAAAGUAGCAAUCAUAUGUGGUUCAGGACUUGGACAAUUAGCUGAUAUUAUCCAAGAUAAAGUGGAAUUCGCUUAUGAAGAUAUACCAGGAUUUGUUUCUAGUACAGCAUUAAGUAGAGAUUUCAAAACUGGCAUGGUAGGCGUAAUAAGUGACCAUAUUUCCUUUCCUGGUUUAGCCGAAAACAAUCCCCUAUUUGGCCCGAAUAUCUCUGCUUUCGGAACGAGAUUUCCGCCAAUGUCCGAUGCAUACGACUAUGAUCUUCGUGUAAUUGCAUUCAAAGCUGCUAAAUCCCUGAACUUUCCUAAAGAAACUUUGAAAGAAGCAAUAUAUACAUUUUACAUUAUAGGGAAAGGUAAAUGCGCGGAUCCGGAGGAACAAAAUUUGGAUGAUAUGAAGGAGCCACAA